GCAGGCGCGUGCAGCUCCAUGGUUUCUCCUCCCUCAGGUGAGCAGGACAGGUGAGCUGCAGACCGUGCAGAAGGUGAAACAUGAUGCAAAUGAAGAGAAACGUUCAUAGACUGAUAGAAGUCAGGAUUCUGGAGAUACAUGAGGAACAUGGAGACAGUGUGGACACGAGGUGGACUCCUCUGGAUCAGCUGUUCAGGAUCCUCAGGUUGUAAUAGAGAGACUGUGGUUCUGCAGUCCCCCCCUCCUAGUCUUCACCCUCAUCAUCUCCUUCUGCCUCCACCUCACGUCUCCCAGGAUUCAGGACAGACAUCUCGUUCAUGGUCGGGGGAUGAAGUGGUUCGGCAGUAUGUCCCUCAGCAGCAAAAGGAGUAAGAGGAGGAGUAGAAGGAGCAGCACUUGCGGCGGGGAUAGUGUGCUGCUGUCCCUGGCUCUCCUGGUGGCGGUGACCCUGAUCGCCGAUCCCGCGGCGGCUCAGAAGCAGCGAAGCGGCGGUGGCGGAGGCGGCGGCGGCGGCGGCUCGGAUAAAGUGCCCGUUCUGAACAUUGCGGUGAUACUGGGACGCACGCGCUACAUCUCAGACCGGGACAUCCGGGCGUUGUGGAGCAAGGAGGACCCCAUCGACGUCAACGUGGUGACGCUGCUGAUCAAUGAGACCGACCCCAAAAGCAUCAUCAACCACAUGUGCGACCUGAUGUCUGGGACUAAGAUCCAUGGCGUGGUGUUUGGGGAUGGCACCGACCAGGAGGCCAUCGCCCAGAUUUUGGAUUUUAUUUCCUCACAGACGCUCAUCCCCAUCCUGGGCAUCCACGGAGGGUCGUCCAUGAUCAUGGCUGACAAGAAGCCGCUCCCGCUGUGAGACAUCCUCUAAUAACACUGAGUCCCGGCUCAGCGUGCUUAUGACAGCCGUGUGCAAGGAAUCGAUCUGGGGCCCCUGCACCGAGCACCCCCCUCCCCGGCUCAGUG